ACACCUGCAUUAAACGGGGAAAGUCCGUCCGGUGGAGAAGCAGAGAAACUGAAGGGAGAGGAGAGGCAGGAAGACGAGCACCUUCAGCAGCUCGCAUCGCAUUAAUCUGGACACUUUGAUCCGAGAAGGGUGAAGGCAUGAAGGCGCCCAAUGAUUGGUGGCACUGAGACUUUGCAACCGUGGACACAGGCUGGGGUUUAAGAUUAAAGACGAAAUAGACCAGCACGAUUCCGAAUAGAAGGGACCGAGUCUGAGCAGCUGAGCGCACAGGUUUUCCCUUGUGAUCCCUGACAGAGGGAGGACAGUGACACUGACGUGGUCAUUGUCUGUUCACUGUUUCCGGACAGAGUGACCAUCCCUGGGUGCCUCUGCUGUCCAUUGUGACUGUGUAGAGAAGAAAGAAAGAUCCAGCUUGUCUGCAUAAAGACCUAUUCAGCAUAAUUUCUGUUUGCCUGCCACACUUGUAACACUAAGAACAGCAGUUAAGUCGCAGUGCUAUUCCUAGCCCAGAGCCUAUCCCUCCAUCCUCAGCCCCCUCUCCUCUAUCCCCCUUAUCCCACACUCUCAGCCCCGUCCCCCUUCCCAGCCACUUUUUGCUUCAGCCUCUGCCCCAUUUGGAGUCCCAGAUGACAGCUCAGAAACAUCCGUUACCCUCCCACUCCACACAAGCCUUCUUUCCUCUUCCUCCAGCCCCCGUGGCGCUUGGCACCAAUGCCCAUCACAUAGACAGAUGGAGCCAACCCUGACCCCUCUCCUCGCCCGUGGGGACACCAAGAGAAUCAGCGCCUGACUAGAGGAGAGUGUGUGUGCGAGUGUGUGUGGGAUGCGACAGGAAGGAGAGAGGAGGAGAGUAUUGCUUUGUCACCACAGCAACACAUAGACUCCCCUUCAGCCCAACCCAAGGCCCUCGGAUAAAAACGCACACAGCAGGAAAUUCAGCAGCAGGACCAUAAGGACCUCGUAAACCUCCAAAAUUGUGCCUGACUUAUUUUUCCUUUGAUUAGUUGGUAGAGAUCUCUUGUUCUAUGUUUGUGUUGAGGGAACAUUGACAAAAUAUUCUAAAUAUAGCAAACAUCAUUUGAAAGAAACCACAAGAAGACAGAUCAAAAAAUGCUCCUCAUUCUAAAGACUGAACAUUUCCCUUUCCCUAUAACCUCUGUGAACUAAAUGAAUUACAGUAAGAAAAGCUGCAAUCAACUGGCUAAAAUAUUGCCAUUUUGACUUGCAAAUCAACAUCUGGGAAGGAUUUCUUUACAGCAAGAAAGCCACGUUUUUCAUUGCGCUUUUCAAAUGUGAAUAAAGCAGAAGAAGCUUUUCCCUGAUAGCAAGAAGGAAAUACAUGUGGGACUCCAGACAGAAAUUCCAUGGGUGUGCAUGUAUGACUUUCGCUGAGCUGUAACACCUCUAACUAACUGGUCCAACAUUUACUUCAUGAGUCGCUGCCAUUUUGACAAGAAGCAAGAUUUUUGCUACUCCACAUUUGCUGGAUGCUCUUGCUGCCUUCUUACCUACUCUGCUGACCGGCAUUCUGAUUAGCAUAUAAUGCCAGGCAACCAAUUUUAAAAGAACCACAAAUCAACAAUAAAAUGAGACACUAAUGGCCGAUGAAAUGAAUUCAGCAGGCUGACAUAACAGAGGGGGGAAUACCGGAGUCCCAAAGCUUCCCAGGUGACUGCCAACGUCUUGCAAAACCAGACUGAAAAUCCUGUGGAUGUUUGGAUUCUGUGCUCUGGAUGUUGAAGCUGUAAGGAGGAUUUGGAUCCAUCUUUGUAUCCAGUUAGUGUGAGCUAAGUGAUCAUUCACUCAGGACCAAGAGACCUGAACUGAUGUUGUAGAACCUUUGUAUACAGACCAGGACAAAUAAAACGACAAUACACUGAGCUCAGUCAAGUGUUUUAGAACAUUUGGUGCAUUAAAUUAAUUUCCUCUUUAUUGCCACCAACUCAAUCCAUCUUUGAGCUUUUUUUUUUAAGGAUAGUACGGAGCAACCCAUAAAACGUUUGAAACCUUCUGCUGGCCCUGACACACCCAGGGUAGCUGUUUGUGAAUUAAACAAGCACUGACAGGAUUAUCAGGUGGAUUCUGUCUUCUGUGGUGGUGGCGACCUUAUUCAGCAGGGUGGUUGUGGCAUCAGGAUGCCUGAACUGGACAACUUUGCCCCCCUGAGGGGUCCCAGAGGCCCUGAACUGGGCCUAAAUGGUCCAGCCGACCCACUUCGGAUUCAGCACAGCAUCCUGGAGGAGCAGGUGGAGCUGUGGUGGUUCAGAGAUCCUGGGAAGUCUCUGCUAUGCUACUGCGUGGCUGUACUUCUAAUCCUGGGCUGUGGGCUGGGUGGCGUCGGCCUACUAUCCACCACCACCAGUGUCUCAAGCGAAUGGCGUCUGGGCGCAGGCACGGCCCUCUGCCUGCUAGCCCUGGGAGUCCUGCUCAAACAACUGCUCAGUUCGGCUGUGCAGGACAUGAACUGCAUUCGAAGCCGACAGCGGAUCAACAUGCUAAAAAGUGGUGGUUUAUCAGACCUGUUUGUGGUUUUGAUUACCGGGCUGUCACUGCUGAUUUGUGGAGGUGUUCUACUACGUCUGGCCCUGGCCAAUCACAUGCCAAAGCCUGGCCAAGCCCUUAAUGACAUGUACAUCUCUGGAGUGGUUUUGCUAGCCGGAGGUGGGGCUGCAGUUGUGGGCGUUGGGAUAUACUCCAUUGUGGUGGUCCUGCUUGAAAGGACAAGGCAUGGACGAAGGUUGGUGGACCGGGUUUUGAAUAUCUUCACUGUGUCUGGACAUAUGGACCGUCAGGGUCGCAGAGAGACUACCUCUAGUCUGGCUAAUCUCAUAUGAGAUGUAACCACACUGCACUGCAUAUUUUGGCCCCUGGAUCUUAGAGCAUUUAGCCUCAACUAAAUUACAUCAGGCUUUAUGCCCAAAUAUUAUAAGAAAUCUGAUUAAAAAAAGAUUCAGCUUCAGUCACUAGCUGAUUGGACUAUGUAUGAGGCAAAAUGAAUUGAAUUUGUAAUAUCUGCUUGUUAAAGAUGUUAGCAAUAAGCAAUCAGAUCUAAUUCACAGGUUAAAGGUGAAAGGUUUUAAAAGUAACACACUGAAGAAGAAUUAUUCCAUGGUUAUGCUCACAAUGAAGCUGAAAAUGUCCCAGUUUUUUUCUCAACAUGUGAUCAGAUACAAAUUCAACUGUGGCAUAUAAUUUAUAUGUGAGUGAUAUCUAAAAGCUUAUAUCAGCAUUUAAUUUAUGUUCUGUAAAUUGUACUCCAUUCACAUAGCACAAAUGCCACUUUUUUGAUUUUUGAUGCAAUGUUAGUAUGCAGGACACACACAAAGCAUAGGAAGUUAACUCAAGUGGUAUUUAGGGAGAUUCACUUAAAUGAAAAGCUCACAUAUUAGCUGAUAAACAUCUGAAACUAAAGGGUGUGUUCUUCACCAACAGAAGUGAAAUAUUUUGAUGUUGUAUUGUUAUUCAGUAGGCGCUGCAGUCUGGGAUUGAAAACAAGUCCUGUAGUGUGAGCAUAGCAUACAGUAAAUGGGCGAUUUGAUUAAAGCUCUUCUCAACAUAUUCUCUUUAAACAGAAGGUUGUAAGAAGCCUAAGCCUAUGCAGUUGAGGCACAAGGUAGUGGUUAAAGGGGUCAUCUACAAAUUGGACUGUCGCACAUUCAAGAAAAUGUAAAAUGAAAAAAUCUUUCAUAAAUAUGUUUGUAUCCUUGGUCCGCACAUCUGACAACAACUUGACCUGACUACUGCUCAAUUAUUGUAUGAUAUUAUGGAUAAGAGCACCAGCUGAAAGGCUAAAAUGUAAAUAGAAGAUGCAGAAUGAGUGGGACAAUGUAAAUGUGGGGGGGAAUGCACAUUUUAAAAUGUUCUUGGUGAUGUAUGCACCACAUGAAGAUAUGUAACUGACUUGGGGUCAAACUGAAGAUGGUCAAUGAGAGGCUCAGUGAGGCUAAACUCGGGCUAAUUGGAAUGACUUCUCCCUCUGAUCUAAUUUUUUUCCUUAGUUUAAUAAUAAGUUAACACAAUACAUGCAAUAGGACUGUGGUCUUUGUCACAGACCCUGUCCAAACUUCACUGUAACACAUGGCUGCCUGUACACAUAAUAGAAGACAACAUGAUUGUUGGAUAUGUUAUAUCACUUGAAUGUAUGGAUAAUUUGUGUUUUUGUGAAUCAACUCAAUAGCCUAUUGUCUUGAUUGUUAAUUUUGCAGCGCCUUGUUUUUUAAAUUUUUAAAUUUUAUCAAAUUACUGUGUAAUGUAAAGAUCAUUUAUUGCUGAAUUCAUGCAGAAUCACCAAUCUCUUCGGCUCUACUGAGUUUGUUUAGCCUUUAAGCUCAUUGUUGAGUCUAAUUUGUUCUCAUCAAUCAUUGUUUGCCAACAUUUCAUAACACCGCCUACCCAAUUCCAACAGACAAAAAUAGAUACAAAGUGGCUGACUAAGUAGCAUCGUGCUAGCUAAAGAUCCAUGUAAUUUCCUCAGGAGUUAGUGGGUACCAAAUCAGAGGUAAAAGAGCUACUAGACACAACUUAUGAAUGUCUGUUGGCUGAAUGUAUGAGCAGGAAAUGGCAGAGGUCCAUAAAGGCACUUUGAUGCUAGUUAAAUGCUCUAGUUUGCUCUCCAGAGCAGUGGAUGGACCUGUCAUUGCCAACUCUUGUUAUCUCAAAAAGAGGUGUCUCCCAUGAGUCGCAGAUACGCUGCUCUGGACACACACAAGCAGUGGACAGUCCAGUUCAUAAAUUAAAGAAAGCAAAUAAAUGUAUUUUCCAAAGCUUUUAACUAUUUCAUUACAGAGGCGUCAUUUUCAAAUUGUACGACCCACAACCUCCCUAAAGUGGCUCUACGCCCCCCAGUUUGAGAAUCACUGCCCUUGAAGCAAGCUAUCAAAAGUGUAAACUUAAUAGCUGCAGUCUAGCUUUAACAACAUUUGGAUGGUGUCAUUGCUAGAUUUGGAUAUAUUUCUUGCAAUUUUGGGAAAAUGUGACUUUUACAAGAUCUUUUUGGGAAAUCUGAAAUCAGGGCCAAAUUAAAAAAAAAAAAAAAGAGUAAGAAGAUGAAUCAGAAUUCCUUUCCUUUGAUUCUAAGACCUAUUGGUAUGCUUUAAGGGAGUGAAAAUAUAUAUAUAAAUAUAAAAAGAUGUUCAUAAACCUGACUUAUGGGGAGUUCAAGUUCAAGAAUCUCAGUGCACUUAUUAAAUUAUAUGUCUCCUGGUUUACAAAUAAAUGGCUCUUUAAUUUAAGCAUGAGGCUUUGGUUUGGAAUGACAACUGUAGUCCUAGCACUUCUGAUUUAUUAGAUGCAUUAUUGGCUCCAAUAGGUAAUUAUCAUUCCUCACAAAGCAGAAAAGGAGAAAUAACUGAAAUCAGUGAAAUUAAAUCCGUUAUAUCAACAUGGCCAGUCAUAGAAUUUCAAUGCGCUUGCAAAAGAUUGAGCUGGGUUGUCAAUAUGCUUAAUCAUCUUUCAGUAAAUUAGGUGAAUUUACAGUAUGCUGGUAUUGUUGCAUUAUUAUUGCGUUUCAAUUUGUGUUAAAUCAUUCACUUUCAAAGCAAAAAGGUCUCAUUCUGUUGGAAACAAUACUAUUAAGAAAAACUGCACAGUGUCAAAUGAAGGUCAUUGGUGUUUAUAAAAUGUUUCCAAAGCCUGAGUCAUUCUUCACAUCGCGUUACAUGAACCUCAGAGAGGGUUCUGCAUUGUGUCUCAUUUGUGUGUGUAUAUGUGUGUCUGUCACGCCUCUUUUUCUGUCUGCACAUACGCACAGCCUAUUGCCUUGAGACAAAAGGGGUCACACAGUAAACAUUGUUGGACUGAUGACGGACAGCUAACUGAAGGCACAAUGCACAAGGCAGCGGCUCUUAGGGGCUGGUAUAGACUAGCACCACCCUCUCUCUCUCUAACACAGACACAGACACACACACACACACACACACACACACACACACACACACACACAGAAGUAAAGGCAUUUUUACAACACACACAGAAAUCCUGUAAUCCUUACUUACAUGAAUCUGUCUUUUGACCUGCAGUAUAAAGUAGCAAUGGCAGGUUCUGUAUCCAUGCAUGACAGCAAGAAGAGGUGAGCAGAGCCAAGCGGGAGGCAGGUCUGAUAAAGAGGAGAGAGAUCUGUGUGGGAGGGGAAGAUUCAGAGCUUUUCUGUCAGGCCAAGACAGUGAAAAUAUUUGAACACAAACAAUUUAAACCAGAUAAAAUGUGGUCUGCUUUAACUUGCUCUAAGUUCAAACAAAAGGUAUAUAGUAUAUCUUUCCCAAAUGACAGUAUAUUUUUAGUAAGUUUAUGGUAUAAGUCAUUUUGAUUGCAGAAAAGGGUACAUUUAAUGUCCAGUCUGCCUAUCAAGGGAAGGUACAGUCAAACAAGUGUGAUUUAAAGGAAGAGUUCAACAUUUUGUCAUUGUCCUUUGGUAAUUAGUAAGCUUUAGAGAUGUUGAUAGGCAGAUUUUGUUCCCUUUGGAAGGAAUCAGGCCAGCCGUUUCCCUCUCUUUCCAGUCUUUCUAAGUUUAGCAAACCUGCUGUUAUCUGUAGCUUCAUAUUUAGCAUACAGACAUGAGGCUUGGCAUUAAUGUGAAUGAGCAAAUUUCCCUACAUUUCACACUAUGCCUUUAUUGGUAUUCCACUCUGAUGCAUCAAAACUGCUUUACAGCUCCUAACAUUUUAAAGUUGGAACUUGGAAGAGCAUAUGUCAAAUUUGAAAUGUUUAGUUUUUAAUAAAAUUAAGUAAGUCCCU